CUCUCUGCAACGUCUACGUAAAUCACGUCCAGUGCAUCUCGUCAAAAAUGAAGUUCCAACAUGCCAUCGCUUCUGCCAUCUCCCUUGCCGUGGCCAGAGCCUGGGCUGCACCCACGGACACAUUGACCAUCGACACUCCUUCAAGAUUGGCCCUCUUUCAGUGUGGGCUGAUCAAUAUCACCUGGCAUGGAGGUCAAGGCCCGUACACUCUGAGCGUCCUCCUCGCUGGUAGCGCCAGCGAGACCCCUUACGAUGUGUACUCCAACUUGCGUGCAUCACCGUACACCUGGAACACCAACGUGCAAGAUGGCAACAACGCUACCUUAUCCGUCAAAGACAACACUGGCGCGCUCGCCUACACGUCCUCUAUAUUUGUUAAUGGCCAAGACAACAUGUCGUGUCUCAAGAACUAAGCUUCUCGCCCGAGGGCCUGGAGCUGGAAGCGGACACGUUCAUAGCCUAUUAUAGACAUCCAGCUCUCCGGUGAAAACAUCAUGUCGUCAUUAUGCUUCUUAUGAGCGAGUUGUUACAAGGGAUUCGCUGGGCGUUUCAUUAUAAGUUCACACAGGCUUGCAGAAAGUCGUUCUGCGAGCAAGAUUUGCUCAGUCCAGUAUUUCAUUUACAUCACCGAAAUACGAGAGUCAUUAUCA